UUCAGAGGCUCCUACAACGUCGCGGCGAGGGUGAGGACGGACUCCCCUCUCCUGCAACGUGCGCGGCGCCCGACCCUCGGAAAUUCUGAAAACGUUUCGCGCCUGUGCAGCUCGCGGGGGUGGCGAGGGACCGAAAAUCGAGGUGAAAGGAAACGUCCGCGGAUCCGGCCUAAGGGUCUCUCCUAGGGCUGGUGCGUAAUCGGUGUCCCGACGAAAAUAUUCUUCGGCCCCGCUGUGCGUGUGCGUCCUACGUGUACCACGAAUACAAACCGACCCUUAUCAGCGCGACCGCGCGCACACCUGGCCGUAUCGCGUCCAUCCCCCGAUAACCGUGUGUCCUUCUCGUGUCCCGUCGUCGUACUUCGGUUUUCGUAAACACGCACGCAACGCACACGCGUCGCGGUAACGACGUAGGGUAUAUCUCGGUUUCCGUGCGUGACUGUGUGUAUACGAGCGGACGCAUCGGCGAGGAUUUACAUACGGGCGGAUAAAGCGCGUCUCGACUGGCGUACGGCCGUGCAGCGUGCGAGUCCGGGGAUCCACGGGCGAUCGUCGCGAUACAACACCAGGGGGAUAGAGAGGACAGUUGCACAGAGUGCUCCGAUAACCGACGACACGGCGGACUCGUUCGAUCGCGGCGGUGGUGGUGGUUUCUUCCUCGCGUGACACACUUUUGUCGCCAGAGAGAAGAGAAACUCUCUCUCCUUUGGCAGACCUCCGAGAGAGGAGGGAACCGUCUUGGCGGACUGUGCGACAACCUCCCGCAAAAAUUGAUAAGUGCCCGCGGCCGCCUAAGUGAGAGUUCACCGCGGGUGAUUCGCGAGUGUGAUUCAGGCCCCGUGAUCAGUGAUCCGAGUUUUAUUGGUGUCUGACUGAGAGGUUUAAUCCUCUUCGACCCGUUUUGGAAGAAGUACCGAUUCCGAGCGACUGGCGGCCGUGAUUGCUCGCUUGGAUCCCGCGCUACCUUGGAGCCAGCCGGGAUUUUCGAUUAAAGACCAGGUGGAUCGCGUAGUACUCGUGAAUAACGGGGGUAUCAUGUGUCCCCGAUUGCAGCCCUCCUUUGAGGGUUGAUCCGACGAUCCAGGUUCCCAGUGGCCCGUGUGUGAUUGUGCGCUGGAACUAGACCGUAGACGUCUUCUUAAGGGACACCGAUUUCGCUGAGGGAGCUGGUCCCAUCGAGGACUAACCGUGUACCACAUCCCCGCGUUGAAAGAGGACUUAAAACCUCGCAAAGAUGCGGGACCGGCUAUCGUGGUACAUGGUCUUCCUGAUCCUGCCGACAAUACUCCUGGCCAGGUCACUCGAUAAAGACCGGCGCGUACCCUACAGCAUACCGUCAGAUUGGAAGACGCUGUGGUUCAGCAAUCUGGACGAGCUGCAAAGAGUGAACGAUGCGAACGACAACAACACCGUCUCCAACGUCACGGUGCAACUGGGGGGCACCGCCUUUUUGCAUUGCAGAGUUCGCAAUUUAGCGGAAAGAACGGUGUCCGACACCGAGAUAUCUUGGAUACGACGACGUGAUUUCCACGUCCUGACCAGCUCUAUGUUCACGUACACGAACGACGAGCGGUUUCAAGUGUUGCACGCCGAGGGCUCGGACGAUUGGACUCUUCAAAUCAAAUACGUUCAAGAAAGAGACAACGGGACCUACGAAUGCCAGGUCUCGAGGAGUACAGGGAUAGUAUCACACUUUGUCAAUCUAAACAUAGUAAUACCAGAAGCAUUUAUAUUAGGGAGCGGCGAACAUCACGUCGACGUAGGAUCCAUUAUAAACCUCGUGUGCGUAAUAGAAAAGAGUCCAACGCCACCGCAAUAUGUUUUCUGGUAUCAUAAUAACCGAAUGAUAAGUUUUGACACCACGCGGGGCAACGUAAUGGUACAAACCGAUUCCAGUUCGACUCAAAGUCGGCUGAUAAUUCAGCAAGCGGUGGAAUCGGAUACGGGGAACUAUACGUGUAGCGCCUCGAACACCAAACCGGCGUCCAUCUUUGUUUUUGUCACAGAAGGUGACAAAAUGGCAGCCAUACAGCGCCGUAAAACAUCGGCUGCGGAGAAAAAUUUCUGUGAAUUGCUAGUACUAAUUGUCACCAUUGCGAUAGACGCCAUUUUAACGCGAUAAGCGUUUCUCUUCGAUAUGUCCAUAAUUAUUAUUAUACCGUUACUUCCGUUUGUGAUAGAUAGGCUACUAUUCUGCGAUUUUAUCCCUCUAUUCACUCUCCUUCUUUCCCUUCGAGCUGAACAUCUUCGUGCAACGCGAUUCUCGUUUUCUUACGUUCGUUCCUCCUUAUAUUUUCUCUUAGCCCGUCAAAUUUCUUCCACGUUAUCGUCGUAAAUCCUCGUUUAAAGUACCAUUCGAUUAGCUGUUCGCAAUCAUCGUCACAUCCUCCCGUACUUCUCGCCAUUAACGUCUUUCUUUUCAUUUUGUUUCCGUGGUUUCGUCGCCGAGGUUGCCGCCGGCUGAUUUAUUUCAAAAUACCGAGAUUUUCAUGGUAGAUUGUGGCUGUUCCAAGUCCACGUCUUGCGUGUAACUAAAACUGGUAGAAAUACUCGCGGAUAAUUGCAACUUUUCUCUCUCUCUCUCUCUCUCUCUCUCUCUCUCUCUCUCUCUCUCUCU